AUGGCCCGCUACUCUGCAACAACCGCAUUAGCCGUCGAGAUGUCGUCAAAUCAAUUCACUGUGGCGUCGCCACCUACGGAUGCCAUCUCCGCUUUAAAGUUCUCGCCAGACCCCAACUCGACGCGGAUCGUUGUUUCGUCAUGGGACAAGAACGUAUAUCUUUACGACCUCCGAGAUGAGAACGGUGUUGUAGGUGAGGGGAAGCUUCUCCAAAAGUUUGAGCACCGUGCCCCAGUCCUGGAUGUCUGUUUCGGCGAGACUGAGAACGAGAUCUAUACCGCGGGCCUGGAUUGGGAUGUGCGGAAAAUUGACCUAAACACAUCGGAACAAACCGUCAUGAGCAGCCACGAAGCGGGCGUACGCAACGUCGUCUACAGCCGCGAACACAACCUCAUCAUCUCCGGCUCUUGGGACUCAACCCUCCACGUGCACCGCCCUGACGCCGGCUCCAACACCCAAUCCAUUCCCACUACCAUCCCACUCCCCUCAAAGCCCUUCUCCCUAUCUCUCACACCCACCAAGCUGGUGGUGGCCAUGGCGUCGCGCGCCCUGCACAUCUACGAUCUGAAGGCAUUAGCUCUUCUCACCGCACAGGCAGACAGCGACACCACCAACGGCAACACAGUGGAGCUUGAGCCAUGGCAACGGCGGGAGAGUAGUUUGAAGUUUAUGACGCGGUGUGUCGCCUGCAUGCCCGAUGAUGCUGGGUACGCUUCGUCCAGUAUCGAGGGCCGCGUGGCGGUGGAAUGGUUCGACCCCUCUCCCGAGUCCCAGGCCCGCAAGUACGCGUUCAAGUGUCACCGUCAGACUGCCGAGGAUGGCGUCGAUGUAGUCUACCCGGUCAAUGCACUUGCGUUUCACCCUAUUUACGGCACGUUUGCGUCUGGUGGUGGUGACGGGGUUGUGGCGCUGUGGGAUGGAAUCUCCAAGCGCCGUAUCCGUCAGUACCAGAAGUAUCCCUCCAGUGUGGCUGCGCUCGAGUUCAGUGGUAACGGCAAGUAUCUGGCCAUUGCGCUUAGCCCUGGCUUUGAGGAUGGUAAGGAUGAUGUUCCUGAGGGGGUGGUGAAGAUUAUUGUGAAGGAGCUGGGCGAGACAGAAGCCAAGGGCAAGGGAGCGAAGUAG